UCGUACAUCAGCUGGCAACUGAGGAAUAGGUAAGAGAGUCCAGAAACCUCCCAACUCUCAUAAGUGAUCUGAAAAAGUCUUUCUAAUGGUUUGAUCUAAUCUAUAGCCACAGUUCAAAAGUGAAAGACCCUCUCUAAAGAAAAGAAAAUGUUGAGAAAUUAUUUGAACCAGAGAUUAAUCUCCAAGCCUAAUAUAAGAUCAUCAUGUCUUUACUCUCUUUAUCUUAAGAGAGGAAACGCGAGUGGAGGAAGGGAAGAAGGAAGAGAUCCUCUCUCCACGGUGGAGGAGAUCGAGAGACAAGGUAUUGCAAGCCAGACGUCAGAGAAGGCUUACGACGGAGCAGCGGAGGCGGUCAACGUGCCUAGUGAUUCUGAAGCGGAUAAGGAGAAAGUGAAAAAGGAGUUUGAAAAGAGGGAAGAGGGUAGAGACUAUCGCAAGAGGGGUGAUGAUGAUGGUUUGCCUAUCAACACAGCUAAAGGAGUAUGAUGAUAAAUGAUAAUAUAGUCAUGUACCUCCUCAGUGUUACAAAAAAAAAAAAAAGUCAUGUACCUCUUUUGGGUACAUCUCUCGAGUCAUGAGUCGAACAAUCAUAGAACCAACUGUGUGGUUUUUGUUGUUGUUGUUAUUGUUGUGUUAUCAGUUUAGACAGCUACUAUGAAAUACCUCUGUGAUCUAUCAUUAGCAGAUUAUUACUAAUCAAGCCCAAUGUUUUUGUUGUU